AAAGAACCAGCGCGCGCUUGCGUGCAGCUUUGCCUCCGCGCUACAGCAGAGGGAGAAAAGACUUGUCGUGGAGGCAGCCAGCGCGUCGCUGCGCUGAGCUGAGCAGAGCGGGGAGGGGAUUGCAAGCCCAGGACUCGGCACGCCGGAAGGCAUUUUGGGGGAAGGGGCUUUCUUUGUGUUUUGAUUUGCUAACCUUUGGGGGGGAUUUUGUCUAAAAAGCAGCAGAUCUGGUGCGUACGAAUAAAAGCACCGAUGUUAACCUUCCUUCCCGUCCUCACCCUCUGUUAGGUUUGAUGCAUUCAAUGCAAUAGGGGUUUUCCGGGGGAGAGGAUAGCGGCGCGUGCGAGUGUUCGCUUAAUUUUAAUUUUGCAAAGAGGCGUUGGUGUUUUUUUUUAAUUGGAAGGUUUCCUGAUUUUAGAGUGGAAGCGGCAGAUCGGACGAAUGAGUUUGGGAUUGUUGUUUUGUGUGUGUGCGCGAGAUCGGAUCUGCAGCUGUUAAAUGAAUAGUUGGAUGCGGGGGAGGGGGUUGUUGUGGGAGGCAGCAGACCUUCUGGUGCAUCCGAUGCAUUUUUAAGCAGCUCGCGCUGCUGCUGCUGCUGCUCUUCUCCAGUUCUGAUCCCAGCCGCGAUCCUACCUACUUGUUGUGUGCGGAGGGCAUGAGUCAGAAUGGAAAACGAUGGGUUUUGUUGCUAUCCUUGUGUGCGGGGGAUAGAAGCGUCUUGAUCUUUUCCAUCCGUGGGACUUUUCUCGGGGUCGAGUUGCAAUAGGAGCUGUGUGGGAAGCGCUAGAAACCAAUACCACCGGGGGCUUCAGAGGGCUCUUUUUUUUUUUUUAGCUUUUAGAUCUGCUGCUUUUGAGACUGAAUUCUUCUUUUAUUUUUCGCUAGAAGGAAAACUCGGAUUUUUCUUAUUUCCCCCCUCCCCUACCCCCGAGGGGUAGGAAUUGAAGGGAGAGGUUUGAUUAUACAUAUUUUAUUUGGUGGCGGGGCUAAGAUUGGUGGUGAAACCGCAGCAGUUUCUUCGGCGUCCUUCGGAGCUGGGGGGGAAAAUGGAGGCUGUGAUAGAGAAGGAAUGUAGCGCGCUUGGAGGACUCUUCCAGACCACCAUCAGUGACAUGAAGGGAAGCUAUCCGGUUUGGGAAGAUUUCAUAAACAAAGCAGGGAAACUGCAGUCUCAGCUUAGGACGACGGUAGUAGCAGCAGCUGCCUUCUUGGAUGCCUUUCAGAAAGUGGCUGACAUGGCGACCAACACACGUGGAGCGACUAGGGAAAUCGGCUCUGCUCUGACCAGAAUGUGCAUGAGGCACAGAAGCAUAGAGUCCAAGCUCAGGCAGUUUUCGAGUGCUUUAAUUGACUGUCUGAUAAACCCACUUCAAGAGCAGAUGGAAGAAUGGAAGAAAGUGGCCAAUCAACUGGAUAAAGACCAUGCAAAAGAAUACAAAAAAGCCCGCCAGGAGAUAAAAAAGAAAUCUUCAGACACGCUGAAACUGCAGAAGAAAGCAAAGAAAGGUAGAGGAGACAUCCAGCCUCAGCUAGACAGUGCAUUACAGGACGUGAAUGAUAAGUACCUCCUCCUUGAAGAAACAGAGAAACAGGCUGUCAGAAAAGCCCUAAUUGAGGAACGUGGCAGAUUCUGUGCAUUCAUUUCUAUGCUGCGGCCUGUGAUUGAAGAAGAAAUAUCAAUGCUGGGAGAAAUAACCCACCUACAGACCAUAUCAGAAGAUCUGAAGAGCCUGACCAUGGACCCUCACAAGUUGCCACAAUCAAGUGAGCAGGUAAUUCUAGAUUUGAAAGGUUCUGAUUAUGGCUGGUCCUAUCAGACUCCUCCAUCUUCUCCCAGUACCACCAUGUCCAGAAAAUCCAGUGUCUGCAGCAGUCUGAACAGUGUUAACAGUAGUGACUCCCGGUCCAGCGGCUCGCACUCUCACUCACCCAGUUCACACUAUCGCUACCGCAGCUCCAAUCUGCCUCAGCAGGCACCGAUGAGGCUUUCCAGCGUGUCUUCGCAUGACUCCGGAUUCAUGUCCCAGGAUGCUUUUCAGUCCAAGUCACCGUCCCCGAUGCCUCCAGAAGCACCCACCCAGCAGAAUUCGUCCAGCUCGGCCUCCUCUGAAGCCUCUGAAACCUGCCAGUCAGUCAGCGAGUGCAGUUCCCCCACCUCAGUCAGCUCCGGCUCCACCAUGGGUGCUUGGGCCUCCACAGAGAAGUUGUCUAAUGGCUAUUAUCACUGUAGUUUGUCCAGUGGCCCAUCCUUCGCCUCAGUUGGCGCAGGCCCUUUCCCUCAUAUCCCGUCUGUCUCUCACGCAUGGACCCGGGCUUCCUCCUCCACCCUCCUUCCAGACUACGUUCAUUAUUACACCAUUGGGCCAGGCAUGUUACCAUCAUCUAAGAUCCCUAGCUGGAAGGAUUGGGCUAAGCCAGGUCCUUAUGACCAGCCCAUGGUAAACACUUUGCAACGCCGCAAAGAGAAACGAGAAGUAGAUCCUGCUGGGGGAGCCCAGAGUGGACCCCCUCUGCCCACGGAGGAAGCUCAAAGACCCCGGAGCAUGACGGUAUCAGCUGCCCCACGGCAAGGAGAGGAGAUGGAGGCAUGUGAAGAGCUGGCCCUGGCUCUAACUCGAGGGCUACAGCUGGACACCCAGCGAAGCAGCCGGGAUUCCUUGCAGUGCUCCAGUGGCUACAGCACCCAAACAACCACACCUUGCUGUUCAGAGGACACCAUUCCCUCCCAAGUUUCAGACUAUGACUACUUCUCCGUCAGCGGUGACCAGGAGCCAGAGCAGCAAGAAUUCGACAAGUCUUCAACUAUUCCGAGAAACAGCGACAUCAGUCAGUCUUACCGCCGGAUGUUUCACGCCAAGCGUCCUGCUUCCACUGCAGGCCUCCCGACCACACUUGGGCCUGUGGUAGUCACGCCUGGGGUGGCCACCAUCCGACGGACCCCUUCCACCAAACCAGCGGUCAGGCGCGGGACCAUUGGGGCGGGGCCGAUCCCCAUUAAGACGCCUGUAAUUCCCGUCAAAACACCAACCGUACCAGAUAUACCGGGAGGGCUGCCUAGUGUGCCGGGCGGGGCUGAGGAAAGCCCCGAGCGAAGCCCUGAGGCCGGAAGCAGCAAUCAAGUCGGUGCAUCCUCAGUGUGGAGUGGUCAAGCGUCUGUCAACCCUCCACCCACAAGCCAGAAGCCGACCGCCAUCGAGGAGCAGAGACAGGCAGCUCCCGAAAGCGAGGGGGAGGAAAGCGAAAGGGAGAACCCAAGUAUCGCCGCCCCCCCAUGUCAGCCGGUGCCUCUGGUGGGCGGGCAGAACCCCGGGGAAGCCCCGCAAGGCGAAGAUAUGCUGAAUGCGAUACGCCGGGGCGUGAAGCUGAAGAAGACCACCACGAAUGAUCGCUCAGCACCCCGCAUUUCUUAGAUGCUGGCCAGAGUUAACACCUUCACAGAGACUGAACUACCUGAUGAAAUCGUCUUUUGUCUCUCUGUCCAUUCCACUGUACAAUCAAGAUUUUGUAGGAUGCUCAGUAACAGACCGCUGGAAAAGUUCUAUAAAAUGAAGGGAGAGGGAUGGAAUUUAGCAACUAAAUUGAUUAAGGAGCAACAUCUUCCUGACGUGUUUUUUGUUUUGUUUUUUGUAAAUACUGCUGAUUAUUUUUUCGCAUUUUUUUAAAACCUGAGUUUCCCUUUUAAUUUUUUUCCCCUGAAGGUGCCAAAUCCCAUGUAACUUUUUUAUAACUCUUUGUAAAAGUUUUACACACAUAGGAAGAAGAUUACAAUAAAUGUCAAGUAGUGUAGGGGAGGGGUUGUGAUGCAUUCUUACUCUUGCUGGCUUUUGCAGAAGCACCUUGUGAUAGUGAGGAUGCGAAAACUUUUAUUUUAUUGAACAAAAGGUCAUGGCAAGAAACAGGCCCUCACUUAAAAGUACAGUGAAUUUUAAUGUUCGAAAGGCAGGAAACAGCAGAUGAUUGAUUAAAGCAAUAUAUAGUGGAGGGGAGAAAGCAAGAGCCUGUAAUUGGUUAAGCGUCUUUAGGGGGUUAGGAAAAGGAGAGGGAACUGUUGCACAAAAGUAGCCUAGCAGUAGCUUCAUGGUAAAUGCAUCCGAAUAAGCCAUAUUGGAUUGCAGUGUUUGUUUAAGUAGGGUGUUUAAAGACUUUUGGAUGCUGUCCACUAGCAGUGUCUCCUGUGCUAGUCCCAUGAACCAUCUGGUUGGGGCUGUAUAAGAUUUCUUGCCCAGGAAAAGCUGUGGAUUGUUUUGAAUUUCCUUUUCUUCAGGACUACAUAAGCAACAUUCUUUUGUCAAUUCAUGCCAUCUUAAAGCAGGUAGACUUGAAACUUUGUUUUUCUCCCUUUGCUUUCUGUUCCUUUUUUUAAAAAAAAUAAGUUCUACAAUAGCGUAAAGUUGAAUAAAUGAAGGCAGAAAUGUGUAAAGAUAAAAAAGAAAUACCAGGGAGUUCUUAGUUAUCACUUUAUAACUGGCUAUGCCCAGCAGGCUGGGCAGCUAAACAAACAAAUAAACAGGAAAAGCCCCCAAUAGUUUUGAGGGAACUCAUAGAUCUGAUGGGCAUCCAGCUGGGAAUUCCAGUGAAACGACUAACAUUUCUUUUAAGGGGCCUGUUUUUCUUAACUGGCAUUUUGGAUUGGCUUUUCCUAAAUACUACAAGAUUUGGGGCUGUGGGCGGGAGGGGAAUAUGCGUUUGAUUUUAUUUAUUACAGGGGGGAGGGGCUGACCACUAUUUUCUUUUUUAAAUUACUCUCAGCAAUGUCUUUUGGGGGGAAGCUGUUAAUAAAUUUAUAGAGGGUUUUUUCUUUUCUUAAAAUGAAAAUUGCUGUGAUAUAUCCAUUUCAUGGGGUCGGUAGAAAUGUGCAUAACUCAGGCGCCAUUGGGUGUUCCAGUUUUGUGAGUUUUUUAAACAUUCUGCAGUCUCAAAGGAUACCGUCUGCCUUAUCUCUAUAUGGGCAAUCCAAGCGGAAUUAUAGGUAACAGACCUGUGUUAUUCGUGGCUGUGAAGAUGCACCAGCUACAGUGGAAGGAGCUGGGUCAUGUGUUUACGCACAAUCUACUCCUCCAUGGACACUGUGGAGACUCCUGUUGGCUGCCAUCUUGCCUACAUAACCUCUUAUGCUUUAAAUACAUAACUGCAUUGGAUGUGAGAAGUAUUGUAAAACUGUUAUAGUCACUGUGUUCUAUAUACAUUUACACUGCUGUGGUUGCUUAACACUUUUUAUGUUAUGGCUUCAGAAGCCAAAAAAGAAAAGAAAAAAGAAGCAUGAUCCUUAAAUGAUAAUCUCUCCUUUCUUUGAAAAACAAGCCUCCUUACUACAAAACAUACAUAAAAACAGCGGUGCCUGUGAUAUAAGCCCACCAGUCUUGAUGAAACUGCGGAUGCAUUCAGCAAAUGAUGCUUCAAGACUUUGCCCUUCAACGAACAAACUUUUAAGGAAAAAUAAAUGGAUAAAAAGGAUGCAGGGUGUCAAAAUCACUUCCUGACCAGCUUCAUUAUGAAAUGAAUGGGAUGUUUCACAAGGGCUCAUUUGUGCUCUUGUGUUUUAAUUCUCAUUUGUUUCAGUGGGGGCUUGUGUAGGAGACAUUCCUCAUGGAUUGCAUCGGAAAUGUAUGUUUAGGAAACCUUUUGGAUGCAGCUGUACUCUGAAGUGCAUCCUCUUUUUAGUUCUUUAAACACUAGAAUUACACUCAAGUUAAAUUUUUGAUUAAACUGUUGCCAAAAUUAAAUGUUAUUAUGUGACAAACCACUUUGAAUAGUUUCGUUGGGUUUAAUUUUUAUUUUUAUUUUGUGUUCCUUGCCUAUUGUAAAAGCAGUGUCACCGUUUAAAAAAAAAUGUUUCUAAUGGUAAGUUAUUGUGGUUUAGUUGCUAGUUUGUACUGAGAGUUGACCUCUCUCCCAUGCAACGUUUUUGUUCUGAACGGCUAUAAAUAAAUAAAUGCUGUUAACUGUGUUGCCCUUCUACAUUGUAAUGAUUGCUUCAGUCUAUAUUAUAAAUAAAGACCUGCUGAUAAACCUC